UGCAAACGGUGCCAGUUUAAGCGCAAGUGGGCGCAACAACGGUGACGCGAUUUCAAUUAAAUUAACUCUAUUCACACGCCAUCCAAGCGGAGAGUCAAUCGAGUUACGGCUGUGAAGUGGCCUACCGCGCGAGCAGUAUCGUUGCCCCCGGGUGUAGGAAGGGGGGGUCAAAAUCUGAAAUUAUCGGCCGAUGGUGUUUUCGAUCAGCUGAUAAGUGAUAGCCUGUUGGAAGUGGCCAAACGGUUGGUGGUGGUGGUGGUGGUGGUGUGAAAGUGCCUGAUGCUGCUCGUAGCAUUCUAAUCGUUCUCCAAAUGGAACGUCGUGAAGAGUCGCGAUACCGUGAUCGACGACGACCACGACCACGACGACUACGACUACUUCAACAACAAGCGCAGCGCACCAGCCGGAGCUCGCCUGAGUACUGUGUUGCUCCGCUGGGGUGGAGCAGUGUUGUGCCGUGAGUGUGCCCCGCGAACCCUUACGAUGACGACGGUGGAGAACGAAGCAGCAGUUCCGGACGGUGAGCCUUCGAUGGCUUCGAGCAGCGGUGGAGGAAGUAAAAUUUGUAGCGUAUGCGGGGACAAGGCCCUCGGAUACAACUUCAACGCGGUCACCUGCGAAAGCUGCAAGGCGUUCUUCCGCCGGAACGCGCUCUCGACCAAGGGAUUUACGUGUCCGUUCAAUGAAAAGUGUGAAAUAACCGUCGUCACUCGACGCUUUUGCCAAAAAUGUCGGCUGGAAAAGUGCUUCCAGAUCGGCAUGAAGAAGGAGUACAUCAUGUCCGAGGAGGAUAAGGUGCUGAAGCGAAAGAAAAUAGAACAAAACCGUGCUAAGAAGAGGCUAAGCAAUGGGACACUGUCGGAGGGGGCGGAGGUGGGCCCUGGAGAGCACGAAACGUACGGCAACAACGCUCGACCGGCGGCCGGUGUGCCGACGAAGAUAAAGCGCGAAAAGUCGCUGGAAAUGUUCGAUUCCGGAGAUUGCUGGAACAAUUCCUCCUCGUCGGAGUACGGCGUGUCGAACGAGUUGCUGGCGGGGAAUGGAACAACAAGCAACUCGUCGUCGACGACGAUCCUUGGACCGCCUUCUAACUGCUCCAGCCAAUCGAUUGUGUCGAACGGGACGAUGGGUGGUUACAGCCAGCUAGCAUCGCCCUCGGAAGUGAACGCCAUACCCAGCAGUUCGCUGACGGCCGAAGGAGAGCUACUUUCCUCGGCGGUCGCAUCGUUGCGAUCAUGUGCAUCCGCCACGAGCAGCUCAAAGGUGGGUGAAACACAUACUCGUCCAAAACCAGGUGGAUCGGCCGAGGAAAGUCUCCCUCCCGUUACCAUCGAGUCCAGCGCGGAGGACAUCGUCGAGCGCAUUGUAAAGCAUCCGAAUCAAACGAUCACGUCGCUCAUGAAGACACCGAAGGAGGCGGUGUUUAUUAUGUCGAAGAUUAUCAACUCACAGUGCGAUGCGUUAAAGCUGAUCAGCCACUUCAUAACCGCGCCGAGCGAUGCGCUGCAGAUUCUCAGCAAAAUCAUGAACUCUCCGCUGGACGCGCUGACUGUGUUCACGCAAUUUAUGAGUUCGCCGACGGAUGCACUGCAGCUGAUCGGGAAGGUCAUCAGUUCGCCCGGCGAGGUGCUACAGUUUAUGCAGCAGCUCAUGAAUCAACCGGAAGACGCGGUACAGAUUAUGAAAAAGUUUAUGGACUCUCCGGCCGAGGCCUUGCAGAUGAUCAACCGGAUGAUGAACCACUCGGAUAUCGUGAAGACGAUCAAGGAGGCGGCCGACACGUCACAGAUCGACGAUGAUGAUCAGCAACGUGGUGAUAUCGUUUCGAUACCGACGGAGUCGCAUCCUCCGGAAGAGAGUGGCCCCAACCAGCACCAAAUGAUUCGCUCGUUGAUACAAGAAUCGAAUCCCAUGCCGGAGCAGGCAGUCGGAAAGUCAUCGAUCAGUGCGGCAGCUUCACCCUCGUCGACCUCCAACUACGAGCCAUCGUACGGUUCCCUGCUCGAUCCGCUACUCUCCAGCACGACCACCUCUUACACACAUUCCCACCAUCUGGCGGGCGGCAUACAACCCGCUUCGCCUCCCAGCUGCUCGACGGACAUGCUGGCGGAGGUUUUCUCAACGUCCACAUCGUCCACGUUCGUCGGCCACGAUUCUCCCUCCCCGAUCGUACCGGCCGCCGACGAGCUGGGCAUAUUCCAAGAUAUCGAAGCGAAACCGGUUCUGCCAAACACGCUAGAAUCGGUCCUGAUGCAGGCGAUCAAGCUCGAGUACGAGGGCUACAAUAGCAGCCCGAUCGGAUCGAGCACCGGACCGCAGGCACAAUCACACCAUCACCUUCAGGCGCCCGGGAACAAUAGCAUCGAGCUCAAUGAUGCUGAACGGGCCAAGCUCAACGAGCUGAUUGUGGCCAAUAAAGCGCUGUAUGCGCCGGUGGACGAUGAUCUCGCCUCGCUCAUCUCGGACGACUGCCGGAUAAAGUCGAAUCAAACCCAACAGGACCCUCAACUGUUGAAGGUAAUCAACCUAACUGCCAUCGCCAUUCGACGGUUGAUAAAAAUGUCGAAGAAAAUAAGCGCCUUCAAGAACAUGUGCCAGGAGGAUCAACUGGCGCUGCUUAAAGGAGGCUGCACGGAGAUGAUGAUCCUACGUUCCGCCAUGCAGUACGACUGUGAUCGGGCUACAUGGAGGAUUCCGCACAGCCAGGAGGAGAUGUCAAACAUACGUGCCGAUGUGCUCAAGCUUGCCAAAGGAAAUGUCUAUCAGGAGCACGAACGAUUCAUUCGAACGUUCGACAAAAAGUGGCGUUCAGAUGAGAACAUCAUUCUGAUAAUGUGUGCCAUAACGCUGUUUACUCCCGACCGGCCGAAAACGAUACAUUCGGAUGUCAUUAAACUGGAACAGAACUCCUACUAUUACCUGCUUCGACGCUACCUGGAAAGCAUAUAUCCCGGAUGUGAGGCACGGUCCGUGUUUCUCAAGCUGAUGCAGAAGAUUUCCGAGCUGCACCGUCUGAACGACGAAAUCAUCAGCGUUUACCUGAACGUAAAUCCGGCCGAGGUGGAACCGCUGUUGCGUGAAAUAUUCGACCUAAAAGUGCGUUAAACGUUGGUACGUGUCGGUAGGAUAGUAAACUUUCGUUGGUCCCUGAUUACAACAUUAGCUUGUAGAGUAGAUAAUUAGCUAUUUUAUGAAAGCAUUGUGCGUGCUAUGUGAUUCACGGUUGUUGAAGUUGGUGCAAGAUUUUAUCUUUCAACUGUUGUUGUUUUAUGAAAUAUUCUGGACAUCACACACCUAGUAAUGUUGCAUUUUUACAUUUCAUUGCGGAUUGGAGCGUGUGGUUUAAGAAUUAAUAUAUUGUUCUUCUGUCUAAUACGAUCGUAUAGUUUAAUUGAUAAAAGUUUGAGUCUUUUCAACAACAUUUCGGUUGGGUGGUCUUUUUGACAUUAAAAUGUCCUUUCUAAACUUUAAUUUUGUGUGAUAAGAACCUAUGAAACACAUGUAUAGUGGUGUGUUAUAGCUAUUAUUUCCCAGUUUUUGCAAUUAUUGAAUAUAUUUUCCUAAAAUAGUGCAAUCAUCCCUAGCAAUGUUCAAGCAUAAAUGCAUCCCGUUUGCAAUGGAAUGACUAAUUGUUACCAGUUUAUUAGAGACUAAAGAAAAAGGUUUCUGUUUAUUGUUCUAUAGUACAAUGUAAUUCAAAUAUUUUACAUAAGCAACAGAACUAUGAAUAGUGUGCAACAACUUUGCAUGGAGCAUAACAGGAUUAUAAAAGGUGCGACAAAAAAUCGCAAUCAUUAGCCUUAAAAUAAAAUGUGAUGAAGCUACAAUACGUAUAUACCUAACAUACAGAUAGAGAACGCAGUUCACAUAACAUAACAGUUUGCGAGGUAUUGAGUAAUGCGUAAUACAAACUCGAUUUUACCACUGUUCACGGAUUUAUUUUUGGAAAAUCGUCCUACGAUUUAUGCUUAGAUGGAUGCAUGUAAUGAACCGCUAACAUACCCGCUACCGAUCAUAAACAGUUCAAAUUUAGAUAAAAUAAGAAUGAUCUUCUAGCUUCAUUAUCUAAGCGUAAAAUAAUCAAGUUACACAAUAAGAGAACCAUAGCCUAGCCAACAUACACGCUGUACAAGGUAGUUCGGAGUAAUAUGGAACAGAGAUUUCUGUUGAGAUUUUUUUAAUCGGGUCGUGGGUUCGAAUCCCA